GUCUAUCGCAUUAAACAAGAAGAAUUUGAAAAGAAGAACAACAAAAAAGAAAUAGCAACUCAACAAGUAUAAGGGAACAAAGUAAUAACGAGGACAAAAUGGCAGGCCGUGGUAGAGGAAAGUCUAAUGUGUCCUUUUCGAUGGAGCAGAUGUUGGGCAUCUCUAAAGGAGAGAGUUCACUGUCAACGCCAGUUUCGCAGCCAUCUGUACAUUACCCUCCAUUAGAACACAAGCCUCCACCUCUUCAACUAACCGACGAACUGAAUUAUCUAGUAGAAAAGCAAACAGCUUUCAUAGACUGGUUGCGAGCGUCGCCUUAUUAUGUGAAAGCUCCUAAAGUUAAAAAUGAAGAUAUUGAACGAUAUAGUGAUGCUUUUGAUGAAGAAGAAAAUGAUGAAUUUGCAUAUGAGAAGCAUUAUGAUUGGGAUUUUCUGCCAAAUGAAUUAAGAGCAUCAAGAAAACGAAAACCCCGGCAGCAGAGAGAAGAUGAGCAGAAAACCGACGUGGAUAUUGUGAAAAAGUUAACGGAAUUGGAGGAAAAAGAAAAUAUGCAACAAUCUGCAGAAGACGAAGCUGAAGAGGAAGAGGAUGAAGAAAUGAAUGAUGAAGAAAAGGAAAUAGGAGAUCGUAUAAAGGAGGAAGAAGAAGAUGAGAUGGAUGAUGGGACUGAUUACACACUUGAAUACUUUGAAAAUGGUGAGAAUUACUAUAGUGAAGAUGAAAAUAAUGAUGAUCAAUUCUAUGAUGGAUAA